AUGGCCGAAUACGAUCUGCUGCCCAAGCUCGUGGGCCACCUGGACCGCCACCUCAUCUUCCCCCUGGUCGAGUUCGCCGCCAACCAGGUCCCCGAGGACGAUGACGCCAAGAACCUCGAGUUCACCCGCGUCAAGUAUGAGCUACUCAAGACCACCAACAUGACCGACUUCAUCGGCAGCCUCAAGGCCGAGCUCGACGGCCUGGACGAGGCCCCCGCCGAGUUCAACGACAAGCGCCAGAAGGUCCUGUCGCGCCUCGAGCAGUUCGAGGACGAGACCAGCAAGAUCACCGACCUGCUGGGCCGCGAGGAGGUCGUCAACAACCUGCGCAGCGACAAGGUUGCCAACUUGGAGUUCCUGAAGAAGGAGCACGACGUUACUAUCGAGAACGUCAAUGCGCUCUACGACUUUGGCAACUUCCAGUACAGCUGCGGAAACUACGCCGCCGCCUCGGAGCUGCUGUACCAGUUCCGUGUGCUGUCCACCGACAACGACAAGGUUGCCGCCGCCACCUGGGGAAAGCUGGCCUCUGAGAUCCUCACCACCAACUGGAAGGAGGCCGUCGAGGAGCUGCAGAAGGUCAAGGAGAGCAUCGACGGAAAGCUGUUCAACAACCCCCUCGCACAGCUCAACAACCGGACGUGGCUCAUCCACUGGGCCUUGUUCCCCCUCUUCAACGACGACUCCACGCGCGACCAGCUGCUGGACCUCUUCUUCAGCCCCCCCUUCAUCAACACCAUCCAGACCAGCUGCCCCUGGAUCCUGAGAUAUCUCGCCGCUUCCGUUAUCACCGGCCGCGGCCGCACGAGGAGCACCGGCCAGUACCAGAAGCAGCUCAAGGACAUUGUGCGCAUUGUCAAGCAGGAGGCCUACGAGUACACGGACCCCGUCACCGACUUUGUCCGCGCUCUCUACAUCGACUUUGACUUCGAGGAGGCACAGCGCCAGCUGUCGCUGGCCGAGGAGAUCCUCAAGUCCGAUUUCUUCCUGAUCUCGACUGCCGAGGCCUUCGUGGACGCAGCCAGACACCUGAUCUCGGAAAGCUACUGCAAGAUCCACGCCCGCAUCGACAUUAAGGAUUUGAGUGCACGUCUGGGUCUGGGCCAGGACGAGGGCGAGAAGUGGAUCGUCAACCUCAUCAGAGACACCCGCGUCGACGCCAAGAUCGACUACAAGGAGGGCACCGUGGUCAUGAACCACCCGCCGAGCAGCGUCUACCAGCAGGUGAUUGAGCGGACCAAGGGCGCCUUCUUCCGGACUCAGGUACUGAGUGCAGCCGUAGCCCGAUAG